UUAAGAGUUUCUAGGGUUUAAUCCGUCGUGUGGCAAAUAAUGGGGUCCCUGGUCCGGUCCGCCGGAUUCGACCGGCUCGCGCGCAAGAAGCAGCUGGGGAUUUCACGGCCGGAUCAUCAGGAUAGCCCAGCGCCGGCGCAGCUGUCCAGGGAAUUGCGCGUGCCGCAGCUGCUGGCAAUCGGGAUUGGGACGACGAUCGGCGCUGGCAUUUUCAUUCUGAUUGGUACGGUGGCCAAGGAGAGGACGGGGCCGGCGCUGCCACUGUCAUUCGCUAUUGCCGGUGUCGCCGCGGCGCUAUCGGCUUUCAGCUAUGCGGAGCUCGCGAGCCGAUUGCCCUCUGCUGGUAGUGCUUACCAUUACGCAUACACAUGCCUAGGAGAAGGAUUGGCAUGGUUCGUCGGAUGGUCUCUCAUACUGGAGUAUACUGUGAGCGGUGCCACGGUUGCUCGUGGAGUUAGUCCGAAUCUGGCAUUGUUCUUCGGAGAGGAUUUGCCUUUCUGGCUAGUACGAAGGAACAUUCCUGGUACCGGGAUCUUGGCUGAUCCGUUUGCGGGGUUCUUGAUCGUCAUGGUAACGAUCUUGCUGUGCACGGGGAUAAAGCAGAGUGCAGCGGUACAAGUCGUCAUGACGGUCAUUCUCGUUCUUGUGCUCUUGUUCGUGGAUGUCGUGGGGUUGUGGAUCGGGAUCAAAGAAGGAUGGAGAGGAUACGAGUUGAAAACCGGGUACACACCUUUUGGUGUUAGCGGCGUGCUUGGAGGUGCAGCUAUGCUGUUUUUUUCGUAUGUUGGAUUUGAUGCUGUUGCCACUACGGCCGAGGAGGUUAAAAACCCACAUGUUGAUCUUCCAAUUGGAAUCGGGCUUGCUUUGCUAGUAUGCGCGAGCUUGUACAUGUCCGUUUCAGCUGUAGUCGUUGGCAUUGUCCCUUACUUCUUACUCAACACAGAUACUCCCAUAUCGACUGCGUUUUCGCAAAACGGACUGCCUUGGGCUACGUAUAUCGUAGCGCUUGGAGCCUUGACUGCCAUGCUCACGACGCUACUGGGCUGUUCCUUGCCACAGCCCCGCAUACUCAUGGCAAUGUCAAGAGAUGGUUUGCUGCCCCAGUUCUUCAGUAUUAUUCACAAAUCUACCUUGGUACCUGUUAAUGGCGCUGUAACAACGGGGACGAUAGCGGUGUUUGUUUCUGUGUUUAUGGACAUCAGUCAACUAUCCGAAAUGGUGAGUGUUGGAACACUAAUGGCUUUUACUUCUGUAGCACUUUGCGUGCUCAUCAUAAGGUACUCACCGCCUCACUCAGCGGUCCACCUUCCAGUAUCCAUUUCUGUAGAAACAACGAACACUCCGCCGACCACCUCAAAUGACGUGGACAUCUCCAAUGAGAACGAAGAACGAGAAGAGCCGGAAGAAAAUGACGCACCUGAGGGUUGUUCUAUCGAUCUGAAAAAUCCAUUGCUUGACACUGAAGAAAUCUAUGCGACCAAAGGUAAACAAGGAGUGGCCGGAUGGAGCAUUUGUAUAUUUGUGCUCGGAAGUCUCAUCCUCAGCCUAUUCUUAUCUAUGGCCAUUUUUCCUCGCUGGCUGCAAAUUAUUGGUGGGACGAUUGGAGGUUUACUUUUCGCUGGCGGAGUAAUCGUCCUCUCCAUGACUAAACAAGACGAAUCUCACCGAACUUUUGGAAAUCCUGGAGGAUUUCACUGCCCGCUUGUUCCUUGGCUGCCAGCCGCGUCUGUUUUUGUCAACGUCUACCUCCUCGUCAAUGUGGGUGCAGCGACAUGGAUUCGAGUUUCAGUAUGGCUUGUCUUGGGCGGCCUCGUCUACAUUUUCUACGGCAUUCAUCACAGCAUACACUAGAAGGAAAAGAUAUAAUAAACGUGUGGAACUAUUGAGAGUCGAGGCUUUUUCAACUCUAUUGAGGUACCAUACCAUUGGUUUUCGGCAUCUCUUUGAGUAUCUAUUCACCGAGAACUGGACACAACACCAACACGGUGCAGUUUGUCCAGAGCUUUACAAAACAACACUGAAGGUGCCAUUUCUGACAGUGAAAGUUGCCAACCGAGAGAGAUCUAGUUUUCAUCAAGGAAGAUCACGAGCAGCUGCAACAUGACUUCUUUGAGUUCGAUUAAUAGUAAUAGCGUAUAUUGCGGUUUUAACCGUACUGGCACCUUUGAUCUGGUUUAAAUGUAUAAUAAAAGCGCAUAUCUACUUUGCC